AACGGUUGCAAAUAUUCUCAGAAUGUGGAUAGCUCUGCUGUGGUCUUCAGCUUUAUUCAUAGCCCUUUGGCACCUUCUAAAGGAAGUCAAUAAAACCUAUUUUAUUCUUUCAUUAUCCAAACGAGUGCGAACGCAAGAUGGCAGUCCGUUGGAGAGCAAAGUGUUCGUAGUUCCCGGAAAAACUCGGUUUGGCAACAAUUUUGAUCUACUUAACCUAAAGCCCGCAACAAUUUUCAACUAUAUACGAGAAUCCACCGCCAAAGCCAAUGGCCAGAACUAUCUGUGGUACUUUUUACUUGCACCCGAGUACAACGUUGUACGGGCCGAAGAAGUUGAGGAAAUAUUUCAGAGCACCAAGUUGUUAAACAAGAAUAUGGUUUAUGAGUUGAUAAGGCCUUUUCUGGGUGACGGACUCCUGAUUAGCACAGACCACAAAUGGCACUCGAGACGAAAAAUUCUCACUCCUGCUUUUCACUUGAAUGUUCUGCAGUCCCUUCUCUCUACUUUUAAAGAAGAGUGCACUAAGUUGAUGCAUGUUUUAGACAAAAACGCAGGCGGUGAACUGGAACUUAACCAGAUUAUCCCACAGUUUACACUUAAUAAUAUAUGUGAAACCGCUCUGGGCGUGAAGCUGGAUGACAUGUCGGAGGGAAACGAGUACAGAAAGGCCAUCCAUGACUUUGAGCUCAUUUUUAAUCAGCGUCUCUGCAACCCGCUUAUGUAUUACGACUGGUGCUUCUUCCUCUUUGGAGAUUAUCGAAAUCAGGCCAGCAAACUACGGAUAAUCCACGGCUUUUCGAGUAGUAUUAUCCAACAGAAAAGGAAGCUAUUUCAGCAAAAGCAGCUCGGAAAGGUGGAUGAGUUUGGCAAGAAGCAGCGCUAUGCCAUGUUGGAUACCCUUUUAGCAGCCGAAGCUGAAGGCCAGAUAGAUCAUCAGGGCAUCUGCGAUGAGGUCAACACCUUCAUGUUCGGGGGAUACGAUACAACCUCGACCUGUCUUAUCUUUUCCCUGCUCAUGUUGGCCCUGCACGAGGAUGUCCAACAGCGGUGUUAUGAAAAGGUGCAAAACCUUCCCGAGGACAGCGAUGAUAUCAGUGUGUUCCAGUACAACGAACUGGUCUACUUGGAGUGUGUGAUCAAGGAAUCGCUGAGGAUGUUUCCCCCGGCGCCGCAGAUUGGACGUAAGUGUGUGGAGGAAUGUGUGGUGAACGGUUUGGUCCUGCCCAAGGAUACCCAGAUCAGCAUCCACCUCUACGACAUCAUGAGGGAUCCCCGUCACUUCCCGAAACCAGAUCAGUUCCUGCCGGAACGAUUUCUGCCAGAGAACACCGUGAACAGACAUCCCUUCGCAUUCGUGCCCUUCAGUGCUGGCCAAAGGAACUGCAUAGGUCAGAAGUUCGCCAUCCUGGAGAUGAAGGUACUCCUGGCAGCGGUCAUCAGGAACUUCAAGCUGCUGCCCGCCACUCAGCUCGAGGAUCUCACUUUUGAGAAUGGCAUUGUACUGCGUACUCAGCAGAACAUUAAAGUGAAAUUGGAGGCAAGGUUCAAGUAGUUAUUUAUUAUUAAAAAAGCAAUCGUUUUUAAAAUGUUUAAUUAAAUAUUCAAAAAAAAAUAGUUAAGGCUAUUAUACAGGUGUUUAAACUUUAAUACGUCCCUUUUUUACACUGUCAUAUACUUGGGAUCUACUGAACCAUAUCAGCCAAAAAGUAUGCUAUACAAUCCGAAGUUCAUCUUGAAAGUGUAUUUAGUG